CUGCAGCCUGGCAUGGCCAAGGUGGCCAGGGUGGCCUGCCUCCUCCUCCUCCUCCUCCUUCUCCUUGCUGUGCUGUGCUGCCAGAGCCGGGCUCAGAGAGCCCCGGCUGUGCCGGACAAGUGCUGCUUCAACUUCCAGAUGAGAAGGAUCAAGAGAGCCAACAUCGUCGCCUGCUACCCCACCAGCCCUGAGUGCCCACACCGGGCUGUGAUAUUCAGGGUGAGGAACGGGAAGGAGAUAUGCGCCCAGGCAAGCAGAGCUUGGGUGAAGAGGUACCAGCAAAGCUUCCAAGUCAGCUCCUUCUCCAUCUCCAGCUAGUGGAGUGGCCAGAGGCAACACAGGGAGUCCCCCUCCAUGAAGGACAGUGGACUACCAAGGUGACCUGCGGGGAUACCACAUUUGGGUACAGCAGCUCCCUGGGGACAUCCUCCCCAUCAUGCUGUGACAACCCUCACCAGCCCCUGAAGGCAAGGGGCCUUUCCCAUCCCUGGCACCCCACAAGGAUGAGAUGUGCCAGCCCUGCAGUGUGCGCAGGUCCAGAC